AGACGUUGUUUACAUCCCUCAGACUUCCGGGUUGUCUGUAGCUGUGGCUAUUCAUUACUGCUAAAUAGAAUGAAUUUGUCUGGCUGCUGAUGGAGACACUUGUUUCUAAGCUCCCCGACAAACAUGUCCUCUUCCCGGCCUCCUUUGCUCUCCGACUGGCUUUGGUAGCUUAUGGAGACUACCAGGACAGAGCUAUGGUAGUGAAGUACACGGAUAUAGACUACCAUGUGUUCACAGAUGCUGCCAGGUUCAUCACACAGGGCGAGUCUCCGUACAACAGGUCGACCUACCGCUACACCCCUCUGCUGGCCUGGCUUCUCACCCCAAACAUCUACGUCGGCAUGGUGUUUGGAAAGCUCCUCUUCAUUUUAUGUGACGUGCUGUCAGGACUGCUCAUCUACAGAACUCUGUGUUUGAGAGGUCUAGACUGCAAGACUGCAACCUCUGUGUGUUCUCUUUGGCUUCUCAACCCUCUGCCGAUGGGAGUGUCGAGUCGGGGGAACGCUGAAUCCAUCCUGGCAGCUCUGGUGCUCGGGACUUUGCUUUGUAUGGAAGCCAGACAUCUGGUGUGGGCAGCCGUGCUCUACGGCCUGUCGGUUCAUAUGAAGAUCUAUCCCAUAACGUAUGCCCUGCCCAUUGCUCUGACCCUGAGAGCGCCGGAGGCCAGAUCAGCGGAAGGCAAACCGACGCGGACGUGGAAGAAGUGUGUCCUAUUUCUCAGAAGUUUCCUGAGCCGCGACCUGAUCCUCUUCGGAAUUGUGGCCGGAGGAGUUUUCUCUGUGUUCACGGCACUCUUCUAUUACAUGUAUGGCUGGUCGUUUCUUCAUGAGACGUACUUGUACCACUUGACAAGAAGGGACAUCAAGCACAACUUUUCCCCGUACUUCUACAUGCUCUACCUUACUGCAGACAGCAGGGGGAGCCAGUGGCUCGGCCUGGUGGCCUUUCUGCCGCAGCUGGUCCUGCUGUUGGUGGCAUCCUGGAGCUUUCACCAUGACCUGGCCUUUGCCUGUUUCCUCAACACAGCCAUCUUCGUCUCCUUCAACAAAGUGUGCACUUCACAGUACUUCCUGUGGUACCUGUGCUUGCUGCCUCUGGUCAUCCCACACCUGACUCUGUCAGUGAAACAGGGUCUGGGUUUGCUGCUGCUCUGGUUCGCCGGACAGGCUCUCUGGUUGGCCCCUGCCUACUUCCUGGAGUUUGAAGGCGUCAACACUUUUGUCCUGGUCUGGCUCGCCGGAUUGCUGUUCUUGGUCGUCAACUGUUUCAUCUUGAUUCAAAUCAUAACGCAUUACAAACCCAAACCCGCUUCACAGAGACUGAAGGCCGAGUGACACUCCAUUGGGCUGGAACAGGAACAUUUACACUGCAAAAACACUAAAUAUUACCAAGUAUUUUUGGUCCUGUUUCUAGUGGAAAUAUCUUGGUGCACUUGAAAUAUUCUGAUAGUAUUAUGACUUUAUUCUUUAAUUUGUUCUAUUAUAGCCCUGGUACUCCAUCAUCUAUUGACAGUAGAAACUAGACCAAAAAUACUUGGUUAAGUUGUAAUAUUUUUGCACAUAUUAAACUUUCCAACCAGGACUCAAGCAAAGAAGACAUUUGUAUUUUGCUCAGUUUCUCUCAACUGUCUUUUCAUAGACUUCCUUCACUAUAAUCUAAAUCAUGUUGUCAGAGAUCAGUCAUAUAUUGUAUAAAAGCCUCAGCUGGAUUAUCAGUUAUCCUGAGUUAAACCCUUGGAUUACAUGCUUAUGUUGGCAGGCCGAAGCACUUAGAUUCACAGCGAUGCACAGACUGUAAACAAUUAUCACUCUGCUUUGUGUGGCCUAAAAUCUUUGACUGUUUGCCCCCAAAAUAACAGGAAUUAGCAGAUUUUCCUAACCUGUUGUUGGGAACAAAAUACAGAUUAUAGACCUGG